AUGAGUUUGCCGACAUGUUUGCUCGACUACUUAUGUGGUUUGCGAGACUCGCUGAAAAGUCUUUUCGUAAUUUACAAGUUGGAUCAGAUCUCAAAUGUGGAACGCAGGAAAAUGGAAGAUAAGCAAAAAGAAUUGCUGCAUCCAAAAAUGACUACUGUGCUCCAGCAGCGACGACGGGCUAGUGCAACGAAAGAAAAACGUAAUGUUGAAAUGGUUACAAAACCGAAAGCAAUUACAGGACUUGUCUAUUCACUCACUUUGAACAUGUUACUUGUCUUCAUAUUAUGUGUAACAAUGCCUAAUCAAACAUCAACAUUUCUUCGAUUGCUUCAUGGGUCAGUAUGUAUGUCUGCUCUGAUUAUUUCACGAAUAUGCAGCAGUAUAUGGUUUUCUGAUAUCGCAAACGCUUCACUGAAAUAUACCGGUGUUCAGACUCCAAGCCUGUCCUUGAGUCGAGUGACCGGUGAUUUUUGUUCUUCGAUACUCCUUGAUUGUAUCUUUUUCUUGCAAUCCCUAUUUGUCAACAAUAUUCCGGUACCUUUCAUCUCUACAGCAUUUGCUUAUAUCCACAUAACCUUGCUUAAUUCAUUAUUCAGUUUUGAGUAUUUAUGGAUGUCGCUUGGAAUCGGUUUACGAGCACGCGUUAAUCUUAUUGAACGUAAUUGGCCGUAUUUCUUAGGUUAUGGCACUGUACUUACUCUUUUCACUAGUCUUACGGAUAAUAUGAUGUUCAAUGCAUUUUUGUUCGGUGCUCUAUUUCCGUUUUGCAUCAUUAGCAGUUUUUUGGUAGAAGCAGGCAAUUAUAAACAAAGAACAUAUCCUUAUAUCCAUAUAUUUGGUCCUUCAAUAGCAACUACAAAUUACAUGACGUCAAGCAUAUCUGAUUUGUUGAAAUCAGUUGGAUGUAAAAAUGCUGGGCAAACAAAUGUUGUAAAGAAAAGGAGAAUGUCGUUUCGUGAUCAUCAUUCACAUUCGCCGAUGCGACUGAGUACUAACUUUGGAGUUGAGCAAGCUAGAACCAGAAGUUCUGUUGAGCAAGAUUAG